AAUAACAGGUUUAUUCUGGCCUUGUGUUAAGCUGCUAAUUGUUCUGCUUUUUUCAUCUACAGGUUGUGACUGUUUCUCUUCUGUCAUUUGUGUGGAAAGUGCCACACACACUCCAGAACAACAACGGCUUUUGCUUGCAUAUUCCAGUGUUUCUUUUGUCAGCGAGUUCAGCAAAGUUGUAAUUCUUCAAGUGCCAGCCCUGAGCUGAGUGAGGAGCCACCUGCAGAGAUGGUAAAAAUGACAAAAUCAAAAACGUUCCAGGCUUACCUGCCAAACUGUCAUCGGACCUACAGCUGUAUCCACUGCAGAGCCCAUCUGGCCAAUCAUGAUGAGUUGAUCUCCAAGUCCUUCCAGGGAAGCCAGGGACGAGCCUACCUCUUUAAUUCUGUGGUAAAUGUGGGCUGUGGUCCAGCAGAGGAGCGAGUUCUUUUGACAGGUUUACAUGCUGUAGCAGAUAUCUAUUGUGAAAACUGUAAAACCACUCUUGGAUGGAAAUACGAACAUGCUUUUGAGAGCAGUCAGAAGUACAAAGAAGGAAAAUUUAUCAUUGAACUUGCCCACAUGAUAAAAGACAAUGGCUGGGAGUGAAUCAUAACUUUUUUCCUUCUGUUUGGACUAUAUUCUGUGGAACAUAUUUUACAAAGACUAACGCAAAAUAAAGGAAGAGUUUGGCUAGAGUGGCCCUGAGAAUAUCACUGAACUCUGAAACCUCACAAAUGAGUAGUGUAGUGUAAGUGGCUAUUUCAGGCCAUGUUUGCCUUUUCUCCUUGUGUAAGUUCCCUCUUUUUGUACGUGUAUUAUUGUGUGAACAGUUGUUUUGGAACAUUUUGGAUGACCUUUUUCUAAACUCUCUCAAACUAGAGAAACAGUUCACUAAUUGAAAAUGGAUUUUACUGGUUAGCAUCUAUCUCUGACCUAUGCCUUUAAUGCUACCUUCUGCUGUGCAUGCUUCUUGCCUAAACACCCACACUCCAGUCCUGUAGAAAUUCUAUAUCUGAGCAGUCCGAAAGAAUGUAUGGGAUGGGGUGCUUUUUUAUAUGUAGCAAUUUCUGAUGUGUUUGGCAGUGAAGAGGAUGCAGUAUUGUAGUUAUUAAUUUCUUUUUUAAAUUUGAGUGUACCACAACCUGUGUACAUCUUGUAGGUGAAUUGGUUAAAGGUACAGUGCUCGCUUUAAAAAAAUAUUUCAAUUGCACUGACUGAAGUUAGCAGGUCUCAAGCUGUUAGGAAAAGUUAUGCUAGAAGUUUGGUAUCUUAAUGGAAUACCUUAAAAGGAUUUUAAAUCAAUAAUGCUAUAGAAUAUGUUCAUUUAAGACCAGUAUAUUCCCUAAGGAGUUUGCUGGAUAAGAAAUUUAUAAAACUAUAGCUAGCAAGAU